CUUUGUCAGUCUCAUUCUGUCAGCGCUGAGAGUCGAGCGUUAGACGCUGAAGAGGAACAGCUCUGUUUUUCCUCCAUCCUCCUCCUCCUCCCCUCUCCAUCAUGGCUCCAUCACUCCUCCUUCUCCUCCUCCUCCUCCUGCUGAUCUCCUCCAGCUCUUUGCCUGCUCCUCGGAGAACCUUCCUCCUCAGUAAGUCCAGAGAACGUUUUGGUUCAUGUGUUUGAGUCUCUGUUGGUCCCAGUGGUGAAGGUUCUCUGUUCCUGGUUGGUUCCUGGGACAGUUAGUCUUCAUCCUGAACCCUCCAUGACAGUCUGGAGUCCUCUUCAGGUCUCUCUGUGUGUCGCUUUCCGUGUUUCAUCGUCCUGUUGGUUGCAGCACGGGGUCACAUGUCUGCUGAGGUCACCGAACUCACAAACAGGGAAAAUAAUGAAACUCUGAGAUCUUUGAGAGCAGAUGAAGCAUGUCCAGAGAUUUUAGUCAGUUUCUGAACCUUUUACUCCUCUUCUUCCUCCUGCUCCCUUCCUACUCCACUCUCCUCCGCCUUUUCUUCCUUCUCCACCAUCUCCUCCUCUUCCACCUCUCUCCUCCUCUUCCUCACUGUUAGCUCAGCUCUAUCAGGGUCUGGUGUGUGUGUGUGUGUGUGUGUGUGUGUGUGUGUGUGUGUGUGUGUGUGUGUGUGUGUGUGUGUGUGUGUGUGUGUGUGUGAGAGAGUCGGAUGUUUUAUUUUGUGUCUGUGCCCGACUUCCUUUCCAGCACAGGUUAAUCUGUGCUGAAUUUAUCCGGCACGGGUCUUAGGUCCCCCACAGAGUUUGUGUCUGUUAGAUGAGGCUGCUGAGGGUCUUUGUCAGGGUCCCCUUUAAAUCAGUCCUGAGGUGAACCUGUGCGGCUGCUCUAAGGUUCCUGUCAUCUCUGGUUUCAGUCCAACUCUGAUUCCAGUGGUUCUCCUGAGUCAAUCCAGCAAUCCAUCAGUCUUUAUUUAUAUAGCACUUUUGAUACAAAACUGAUGUAGAACAAAGUGUUUUACAUAGCGGAGGAAUAAAAGAAACAAAGAAAACCCAAAUCUACCACAACCCAACCCUGUAUCCCCACGAUCUAAACAGAAACAGAAUUAACGUGCAUGAACUUAAAAAGAGCUUUAAUGUGUGCACUGAGGAAACGUCAUUUUGAAAAAUGACCUCAAGUAAACACUUGAGGUUUAAAAUCUAAGAACAAACAUAAAAUGAAAUUUAAGAAAUAAUAAAUAAAAUGAAAUAAAAACAACAGUAAAAGAUACUAAAAUAAGAGCACCAAAAUAAAAGGCAAUCCUGUCAUUAAAGAGUCAGAGCAGCAUUGGUGACAGUGGUCCCACUGGUUAAAGGGAAGUGUCACUCAAACGGAAACGUCCUCAGAGUCAGGUCAUGAAGUUUCACAACUGUCCUUGUCUUUUUAUCCAAACCUGAAGCAGCAGCUCCUCAGUCCGGGUUUCUCUGUGACCUGGUUUUUCUUUAGUCCUCUAUGUUGAUGAUCCCCUGCUCACUCUAUCAGACGCCCUCUCGUUUUCUUUAGUCACUUUCAGUUUCUUCUUCUGCUGAUUUGGAGGCUCUGAAAUGUCUCUUCAUGCAUUUUCAUCUUAGACCAUCUUAGACUCUCCCAGCUCUGACACCUGUAGUCUUGCCCCCCCCUUUUAAAUGCACUGAUAACCACAGAGGGAAAACCAUCAGCACUGACUCGGCUGCAGGUCCACUGUCAGGUCUGAACUGCUGUUCUGUCAGACCUGACAAAGUCACAAAUACACACCUGUGCUCCUCGCUCUUAAAGGGACGGUCAAAUCAACACCUGUGUUCAAAAAUGGACAAAAACACCAAGAAUUGUAUUUUCCAAUAAUAAAGGUUCCUCUCUAUCAUGGUUCACAGAUUUAAUCCAUUAAAAAACUCUGAAUGUAAAUUUACUGAGAACUACAAACAGGAAGAGUCUCUGUAUUCACCACAGACCAACAUAAAAACAGGAAACACAGUCAGAGUCUUUCAGAAAAAAAGGUCCAGUUAAAGUCAUGGGUGAAAAAAGCUCUCAUCUUAAGAUCCGGGUCUCGGCCCUCAGCUGGUCCAGGGUCUGCAGAUCUGAGAAAGUCUGUUUCUCUGAAUCUCUCCAACCUUUAUCCACAGCCUCAGAAACAGGAAGUGGUGUUGGUCAUGUGACCUGGUUCUUGGUUUUUAGACUCGUCAGUCUCGUCUCCUGAUACAGCAUCAGUCUUGUUUAAGACCCCUAGACCCCCGUUUUUAAAUAACCUGAAGUCAGUUUGGUCUUCCUGUAUGUCACUCUGCUGAGAACAAGUGCAUGAUGGCAAUUUUUUCUUAGAAGUGGCGUCUAUGUAAACAGAGAAGAUGUAAACUCAGAGGCUUUCAGAAAAAAAGGUCCAGUUAAAGUCAUGGGUGAAAAAAGCUCUCAUCUUUAGACCCGGGUCUUGGCCCUCAGCUGGUCCAGGGUCUGCAGAUCUGAGACAGUCUGUUUCUCUGAAUCUCUCCAACCUUUAUCCACAGCCUCAGAAACAGGAAGUGGUGUUGGUCAUGUGACCUGGUUCUUGGUUUUUAGACUCGUCAGUCUCGUCUCCUGAUACAGCAUCAGUCUUGUUUGAGACCCUCAAGACCCCUAGACCCCCUUUUUAAAUAACCUGAGGUCAGUUUGGUCUUCCUGUAUGUCACUCUGCUGAAAACAAGUGCAUGAUGGCAAUUUUUUCUUAGAAGUGACGUCUAUGUAAACAGAGAAGAUGUAAACUCAGAGGCUUUCAGGAAAAAAAGGUCCAGUUAAAGUCAUGGGUGAAAAAAGCUCUCAUCUUUAGACCCGGGUCUCGGCCCUCAGCUGGUCCAGGGUCUGCAGAUCUGAGAAAGUCUGUUUCUCUGAAUCUCUCCAACCUUUAUCCACAGCCUCAGAAACAGGAAGUGGUCAUGUGACCUGGUUCUUGGUUUUUAGACUCGUCAGUCUCGUCUCCUGAUACAGCAUCAGUCUUGUUUAAUUUUUUUUUUAUUUUUUAGUAAGUCUGCCAGCAAAUAGUCCAUAUCUAAACAUAUAUUUAAGUUUUUUUUUAAAAAUGAGGAUUCCAACAGGAAAAUGUUUAUGUACAUGUUAAAUAAAACACCUCUAUGCAGCUGUCGGUCAUGUUGAGGGCUUUGUUGCAGCAUUAUAACCUUUCUCUAUGCCUAAGGGACAGUCUCUUUUUUAUUUAUUUAUAUUUAACAACAAAACAGAGUGACAACAACAACAACAAAAAUUUAAUAAAAAAUUAACAAAGAAUUUUAACAAAUUUUAAAGAGAGAUUGCCUCUAGUGGACGAGAGAGGAACUGCAACUUUAGGACCUCAGGGAUUUAUAUGAACCUCCUAUCAGUGAACCUCCUUUCAGUAACCCUCCUCUCUGAACCUCCUCCCUGAAACUCCUCCCUGAACCUCCUCUUUUCACUUCCUCUCUUCACCACCUCCUCUUAGUGAACCUCCUCUCUCUGAACCUCCUCUCAGUGAACCUCCUCUCCAUCUUGCAGACUCAGCAGACAGACCUUUACUCCACUUCAGCCCCCCCGAUGUCCACAACACCUCCACCCUCCUCCUCAGCGAGGACACCUCCACCUUGUAUGUAGGAGCGGGAGACGCUCUGCUCUCAUUGGACGUCAGUCAGACUGAUGUCAUCAGGCUGAAGAAGAAGGUGAGUUAUGACUCCAACUCCCAUGAUUAACAUGUGAGACGAGAUUAUUUUUAAUGCUUCAUUUCUGUCCGUCUCUCUCUUCUUUUUCUUUUCUUUCUUUCUUUCUUUCUUUUUUCUUUCCUCUCUCUCUUUCUUUUCCUUCUUCAUUCCUUCUUUCUUUCUUUCUUUCUUUCUUUCCUUCCUUCCUCCCUUUCUAUCUUUCUUCCUUCCUUCCUUCCUUACUCCCAGGUGGAGUGGAGGCCAUCAGACUCUCAGAUAAAUGAAUGUAAAUAUAAAGUUAGGAAUCCAACGGUAAGUUUAAACACAUCUUCACUGAUCAUCACUUUCUGUUUGAAUAAAGUAAAAAAAUAAAAGAAAUAAAGAAACAGCUGACAGACUAUUUUUUAAACUUUAAAACAUCAAAGAAGGAGAAAAAGUCCUAAAAACAGUCUGACAAUCACUAAUUAUUUGUUUCUUCUUUUAACUUUAUUUUCUUUUUUCAUUUCAGAAAUUUAUGAUAUUCAGUUUAAAACAAAGAAAAAAGAGAAAGUCUAAAAUAAUGUGUGUGUGUGUGUGUGUGUGUGUGUGUGUGUACAUGCAGGUCGACUGUCCAAACCUGGUCAGUGUUUUGCAGCCAAUCAACUCCACCCAUCUAUACGCCUGUGGUAGCCACGCCUUCAGCCCCCAUGACGCCUUUAUCGUGAGUCCUUUAAUUCUUUUAUUGCGAGACACACGACAUGACACAGUGUGUGAUUUUGUCUUAUGUUGUGUGUUUUUGUACUUAUCAGCACACAGAGAGCUUCUCAUUGGUCGAGCACGGCGAUGGUAAAGCGAGACUCCGCUGCCCUCACAGCCCGUUUAGGAGGAGCACCGCCAUCACACACGGUCAGUCUCUGUCAGCUGACUUCAUUUCGGCUGAGUCUGAGAGUUUCAUGUGGGUCGCUCUUUGACCCUGAGAGGACGUCCUUCAGGAAACGCGUGACGGCUGACGGAGGAUCUAACGUCCUCGGCCAGCCACCCAUCCUCUCAGAGCGUUGACGAUGUUUCUCCGUUUGUGGUUGAAGUCGAGAGCUCAGGCUCUGCUGCUGGUGCACAGAUUGCAGGACAGGAUCCAUAUAUCCGUGUUAUUCAGAGGAGCUGUGGCGUGACAUGGAUGACCCUCUCAUCUCUGGUGUACCUCUUACUAUGUACAGUUAAUAACCAUUGUCAGGGGGACUGGCCAAUCAGAAUCCAGAACGAAACCCAGCUGAUUGAUCGAAGCAGGAAGUCAGUGAAUAGAAACCUCAGAAAACCCUUAAAAUGAGCUUUGAGUCAAUGAAAAGAAGAAAGAGAGCAGUCACAUGACCUUCUCAGGGGUCAGGGGUAAAUGUAAUCUACGGAGAUGUGAUUCUGAUAUCGAUCGCUCAGCAGGUAUUGAUUAUCAAAGAGAAGAGAAACUGUGUGUUCACUGUACGUCUUUGAGUCCUCAUCCUCUGUGUUUGUUUGUGUGCAGAUGGCGAAUUAUUCACCGCCACGACAACCGACUUCAAAGGAGCCAAACCACAGAUUUCACGCCACUUCAGCAAAGAUGGCCGCCCAGACGUCUGCCAGGAGUCGUCUGCCAGUUUACUGCAGGGUGAGAGGAAGAAGGUUAAUGCUGAUGCCAGUGACCCGAAAAACUGUCUGUGGUUUAAAACGUUAAAUUUAAAUUUAAAUUUAUUUAAAUUUAUUUUUAAAACGUCAAAACUUAAACAAAACUUAAACAGAACUUAAACAGUUAUGUGUAGAUAGUUUAUGACUUUAACCAAAAGAUGGUAAGACCCACAUCUCUAUCUGAGCCUGGUAGACAAAGUUCUCCUGGUGGGUCAAACAGACCCAAAGGUUCUGACACUGAGGAGUGUCCUCUGCAUACAACCUGAGUCUGUGGUAAAAUGACUUUAUGGUUCAAUCAAACGGGAACGUUACAGAAACUGGAAACAUAAAGAUCAGAGGUUUAGACUGAGUUCAUCCUGGUACUAACAUAUUUAAGGAUCCACCUGUGGAAGAAUGACCUUGAAAAUGUUUUUUUUUUUUUUUUUUUUUUUUUUUUUUGAUGUUCAAAAAUGGAUUUAUUGUGUUAGUCUGACUGAAACUGGACUUUUAAAAUGUAGAAACACCAGUCCAACGGAGAUCUCCCUAAGUCAUGUUUCUUUAAGUCGGACUGAAUACGCAGGAUUGAUUGUUGGCAAGUUCGUGAACCGCCCCAAACUGGCUGAGGUGUUUUUGGUGUGCUUUACAGUUUGCAGGACAGGCUUUUACCUUGAAGUUAAUGGCAUACAUGUGUAGAAAGAAGUUGGAUGGUUAACCAAGACACAACAGAAGAAGAAGAACAAAAGAAAAAGCUAUCAUGCCAUGUAAAGUUGUGCAUGAUUUCCCUUAUUACAAACAGUUAGCCUCUUGCUAAUUUGUUUGUCGAUUAUUUUGGUACGUGACAUAGUACGUCAACAGGGAGUUAAAGGGAUAUUCCGGUGUACAAUUAAUAAAUUCCAGUGAGUCCAUUGACUGCAGCGGAGGGAUGCAGCUCAAGGAAGAACUUUUUUUUUUUUUUUUAACUUUAUUUUCAUCUUUUAAGGCAAACUUUCAAACAUACACGCAAAUACUGUACAAAACAAAACAAAACAAGAACAAGAACAAGGGGGGCAAACACUACUCAGUUACAUACAGGUGCCAUUUAGUCCAUCUUACAGCAUAUAGCUCAGCUUUAAUUCGUAGUCUGUAAGUCAUUUGUUCCAUUGAUCGGAUUUCCUCUACAAUGGUCAGCCAGUCACUCAGUUCAGGUGGAUCAGUUCUUAGCCAAGUUCUUGUGAUGGCUUUCUUAGCUGCAAGAGAUAGGAUCUUGAACAGGUAUAUGUCCUCUUUACCCAUUACAUCUUCUAAUAUCAGUCCAAGAUAAAUAAACCGGGGAUCUUUGGGUAAAUUAUAUCCGAAAACUUUACCCAUGACUCUCAGGACCUCAUCCCAAAAUGUCUGUAUUUUCGUACAUGACCAAAAUAUAUGAGAGUGGUUGGCAUUCAGUUGCCCACAUUGUCUCCAACAAUGCUGUUGUUGACCUAAUUGUUUAUUUUUGAUUUUUGGUGUAAUAAAUAGACGUGUCAAAUUUUUCCAACCGAACUCCCUCCAUGUUUUAGAACUUGUUGAUGUAUGUUGGGUCUUGAGCAUGGUCUGCCAAUCACUCUCAGAUAAUUCAAUGCCGAGUUCCUUUUCCCAUUUCUCUUUUAUAUACAUUGUGUUUCUUCCCUGUUGCUUCAAUAAACCUUUGUAUAGCUUUGAGACAAUUCUUAAGGGGGUUUGCUUGAAUGCGCCUGUUAAUAUUUCGAUCACAUCAUUCCCCUCCACAGAAAUUUCCCUCUUAACUUCUGUCUCAUAAAAGUGUCUUAAUUGGAGAUAUCUAUAUAGAUCUUCAUUUUCUAAUCCAAACUCAUUUUUCAGCGAUGUAAAUGAUUUGAAAUGUUGCUUAUCUAUAAGUGUACAUGUGGCUGUUAUUCCUUUGUCUCUCCACUUUUCAAAGGUCUUAUCUAACAUUCCUGGUCUGAACCUAGAGGUGCAAGAGGGCCAAAUCAACAGUUUACAAUCUCCUGUUAAUUUAUAUUUUUUCACCACCUCAUACCAUAUUUCUAAUGUUCCUCUCACGACCAAGUUUUCUCCCUUAAGGUCUCUGUAUUCUUUCCCACUUAACCUUGACUGUGGAGGGGCUUGGCCUUGGCUCAUCUCAAUGGCCUUCCAUCGGGCUUGAUAAUUCGGAGAGCACCAAUACACAACAUAUCUUAACUGUGCUGCAUAAUAGUACCCUCUUAAGUCUGGCAGUGCCAAUCCUCCAUUUUCUUUGUCUAGCUGAAGGGUCUUGAGUCUUAUCCUCGGUCUGGCUCCAGCCCAAAUGAAUCUGGAUAUUAGCUUAUCCCAUGCUGAGAAUUGUGUGUCUGGUAUUCGAACUGGGAGUGACAGAAAAAGAUACAACAACCUAGGCAGGAGGUUCAUCUUGACCACCUCAAUUCUUGAACUGAAGUCCAUUAUUAGUGUUGACCACUUUGCGACAUCUCUUUGAAUUUUAUUGUUUAUUAACUUGUAGUUUGUCUCAUAAGUUCUGUCAAGUUCCUGAGUUAUUAUCACUCCUAGGUAUUUAAUUGACCUAGCAUUCCAAUUUAAGUUAUAUUUCUUCCUGAUUUUUUUAUUUGGCUUAUAGUUAAAAGUUAAAACCUGAGUUUUAGACAUAUUUAGUUUGUAGCCUGACAUUGAUCCAUAUUCUUCUGUUAUUUUUACUAGUUUGGUAAAUGUUGAAUUUGGGUUUUGAAGGUAGGUGAUUAUAUCAUCAGCGAAUAGCCCUAUUUUAUGCUCAUCUCUUGCUAUCAUGAUUCCUGUCAACUCAUCUUCCUGUCUAAUUGCUUGGGCGAGUGGCUCUAUGAAGAUUGCGAAAAGGGCGGGGCUAGCACAACAACCUUGUCGUGUCCCUCUGUACAGCUUGACCUUGAAAAUGUUUUUAAAGGUCAAAAUAAACUUCACAGAUAAACUUCACACGCACAUGUACCAUCUCAUAUACUUUCAGCCAAACCACAUGUCUGUGAGUUUAGAAAACAACACUUCCCGUUUUGUGUCACCGAAAACCCAUUUCCUAUUUUUGAAAAGGUUCCUCUGAAUAGGAGUCAGACUUUCAUAUUAACAAAAACCAAACCGUUUCAGUUCAUCAUUCAGAAAUACUCAGAACUUAGUAUGUACUCAGGGCUGGAUGGUACACACCAGGACCACCUCUGAUUUCUAUCAGUCAAAAGAGAAUGUCAGACAUUAUAAAAGGUGGCAGUGGUCCUCUAUCAGAACUUUGGACCUGUUUGGUUGUUCCUCUAUCAGAACUUUGGAACUGUUUGGUUGUUCCUCUAUCAGAACUUUGGACCUGUUUGGUUGUUUCUCUAUCAGAACUUUUUUACCUGUUUGCUUGUUCCUCUAUCAGAACUUUGUGCCUGUUUGGUUGUUCCUCAAUCAGAACUUUUUUACCUGUUGGGUCGUUCCUCUGUCAAUUGUUUUUCGAGUCAGAAAAAUUCAGACUCUCCUCUGAUUGGUCGAUCUCAGACUGAAACCUGAAACUUCUCUCAGACCUUUCUUCCUCAUGUUUGGACCACAGACCACGGCACCCUUCGCUGUUUCAUUUGACAUCAAUUCCUGUUUUUCAGACCCAGAAUUCAUCAGCUCAUCUCUGGACUUGUCUGAGAGGAAACUCUACUUCUUCUUUAGUGAAGUUGGGAAGGAGUUCCGCUUCAUAGAUGAGCUCCAAAUCGCCCGGGUGGCUCAAGUCUGCAAGGUGAGAGAGGACGGUGUCAUGUGAUCACGGGUAAACUUAAAAACGUCGACAGACAAAGUAACUGUCUCUGUUUGACUUCACAGGACGAUGUCGGUGGGCUGAGGACUCUGCAGAAGAAGUGGACAUCCUUUGCUAAAGCUUCUCUAAUCUGCCAAUCUCCUAAACAACUUCCCUUCAAUGUCCUCCAGGAUGUGUUCACCCUCCCGCCACCAGAGGGCAAAAACGCCUCAGAGACGCUGUUCUACGGCGUCUUCACCUCCCAGUGGUAAGGGGAACAGUUUAAUCAAACUCUCAAUCAUCAUCAUCCACCAAGGUUUGCAUUUAGUAGAGUCUGAGGAACCUUCAGGGUCCUGGUUCUGAUGUCAGCUGACUUUAGUGGGACAGAUACAGUAGAACCAGGACUAAGUAGGAACAGAUUUCUGAGUAUCCUGAUUCUGAGAUACAGUGAAACUAAGACUGGGUGGAGACAGCUGGUAGAUACUCUGUCAUGGUAUCCUCUCAGGUGGAGGUUUCACCUGGACGACUUCUUCUCUGUUGGAGUCUCUGUGUUUAAACUGGGGUGGGAGACAGACCUCCCUCAGUGAUUCUGAAUGAUCUGAAAACGAGUCCACAGUUCUACUGGAGAGAAGAACUUCAAACUUUAAAACUGUAUUUUAUCUUUAAUUCUGGUUUCUUCAGGUCCUCAGGUCCAGAAUCUGCUGUGUGUGCCUUUAAACUGCAGGACAUCAGGGAUGUGUUCAGUGGGAGCUACCUGACCCUCAACACCCAAACCAUGACGUGGGCUCCAAGGCAGGAGAGACGGAUCCUGGGACAGGUGAGGUAGAGACUUUAAUUAAGCAUGCAACACCGAGUCCAUCAUCAAGGUUAAGGUUAGGGUUAGGGUUGAGCAGGAGUGUUGAGGUCUUUUGUUUUACUGAACAAACUACACUGCACACACUGCAGGAAAUAGUCUGUUCCGGGUGAAGAUGUUACUCAGUACAAGUAUAAGUAUAAUACUCAGAAAAACAUUCCAGACUUGGCAGCAGGACAUGUCAGUGUGUCCGACAGGUCAUUGGUAUCCCUCACCCCCAAUUGUCAAUUUCCACCGGCUUCCUCUGCAGAAUCGCUGGAUUCCACAGCUGAUCACAAGAGUUCUAUUUUUUCUGGACGCUGGAGCAUGCCGGAUAAAUUCAGCACAGAUUAACCCGUGCUGGAAAGGAAGUCGGGCACAGAUACAAAAUAAAACAUCUGGCUUCUUUUCAAAAUAAAACACCCCAUGUUUCAGGCAGAUCAUAUUUCAUACAAUGCAAACGGGCGGAGACAAACAAGUGAAAGGUUUUUAGACGUCAUUUCACCCUGAUGACACCAUGGAUGAGGAGAUGCUGAUUCUAGAAGUCUAGAAGUAGAUUUCUUCCUCUAGAAGGACACUAUCUACUACUUAUAUGUCUAUGUGGCUGUCAUAAGAGAGACAACUCCUUAUCAUGCGAUUGAACGUGAAUCCGCGGGUUUUUGUGAGUUCUCGCGAUUACUGCUGUCUGUAACUCACCAAGAAAUUCGCCUCACAAACGAAUCCAGUAGGAAUUGGUGGACGGCAAAAAUCACCGCCAUUCUGGGUCGUAGCCGUUCAGAAUGUGGUGGAAAUUGGGGUCAGGGUUGGAGUCUGGGUCCAGUUUUGUUGUCAGACGGUUGAAUUCCGGGUCGGUUUUAUUUGAUGAAACCGUCUCACAGGUGGCCCAUGAGUGACCCUCUUUAAAUGUGGUCCUUACAGUGUGGACUUGAGACCGCUUCAGACCAAGACUUGGGUGAUGUAAGGAAGAGUUUUCUGACGGGUGAAGGUGUCAAGCCGGUCAAAAACACUCCACUUGUGGUUUCUCCAGAUCAGCGGUACAGCCGUGUGGUCGCAGAGAGGGUGAAGGUGGUUAACGGGAAAGAGUACACAGUCCUUUUCCUUCUGACAGGUGAGACUUCUGGUCAUGAGAAGAAGAGUUUGAACCAAAGAUCACAUCCUUGUAAUCCUGUCUAAAACCUGUCUCUGGUCUGUCUCCCUGAUGUCCAGAGUCUGGAUUCCUGCACAAAGUGGUUUUGUUUGAUGGGGGUGAGCAGCUCGUUGAAGAGAUCCAGAUCUUCACAGAACCUCAGCUGGUGAAAAGUAUGGUCCUCUCCUCGGCUAAGGUAAACCUCCCAUCCUGUCCAAAGUCCUGGACAGAUCAGUUGAGUUAAUUCUGUGGAUAGUUGGUUAGGAGGUUCAGACCUUUCAUGGAGGUUCAGUCUGUUAAACUAACAUGGUCACCUCCAGGGUAAACGGACUGACCAACCCCCCCGCAUGAAUCAAGUAGAGAUGAUGACCUCACCAUUGAGUCAGCCAAUAGGAAGGCUCGAACCCUGGAGUGUGACCACAGCAUGUUUGGUUCAGAUGUGAUAAAGAACCUGCUCAGAGUCUUCUGCUCCUGCAGGGGGUCCUGUAUGUGGGGACAUCAGAGGGGGUGACCGCUGUACCUGUGGCCAGGUGUUCCAUCUACUCCACCUGCAGCCAGUGUAUCCUGGCCAGAGACCCUCAGUGUGGCUGGAGCCGGAGCAGCAGGGUCUGCAAGAGUCCGACAGACCCUCACCAGGACAUGUGGGUUCAAGAGAACUUGGUUUCCUGUCAGAUACAUCAGUAGAUCCUCAGAGGUUUUCAGAGUUGGAUUAUGGGUAAACUUAUGUGUGUUUGUGAUGCACAGUCAGCCCUGAGUACAGACUGACAGGCUCUGUGUUUUCCCUGCAGAGCUCAGGAUGUGGACCACGCCAAUGUGUCAGAUGAGUGUCAGGGACAAACCAGAACCAUCACCGUCAAAGGUAAACCCUCCUCUAACCCUGAGCAUCUUCAUCAGUCAGGACCUUUACCCUCAGUCUCUGAACCUGGCCCCCUUUAGUCCUCCUGACUUUGUUAAGACCCGCAGGUGUUCAGGCGUUCAGACCUCCACCUUUAAUCAGCUUCUGCUGAAACUGCAUGACACUCAGUUCGUUUACAUGCACAGUUUAAUCGGACUAAGCUCAUAAUUCGUUUUUUUCUCUGAAUCGGACUUCUCUCCGCGUAUACAUGCAGCUCAGAAAAUCGAAUUAUUGACGUGAAUGUGUCCUCCUCCCCCAAACUAGGGGGCGAUAUCGGUCUUUUCAGCAGUGCUGUUUCCGACCCAUACAACCGUUGACAACAACAGCAGGUCCGUGCCAGAGGUCAGAAGUGUCUACAACUGCUGCUGGGCAUUUUGGAACAAGAAGAUGGAGCAUCGUACAGCGUUGUUUUUGUCCUACAUGGUGGACACACUACUUUUUAUGCAGAUGAGACAAACGCUACCCCUAAUAAUUCGGUUUUCUCCAGUGUCAUGGAAAGGUACUGAGUGUUGAACUAAGACCCCCAGAAUCCUUCAGAAUUCACAAACAUAAUCUGUUCCCGGUCCACCGCAGGAAUUCUGAGACCCCAACUUUAGAAGGACCAGUAUUUGGCUCCGCCCCUUCCCCUAACCGCUGUGUCUCUUUCUGUCAUUAGAGGUUUUCGUUGAGCUGAAUGAAGCCGUGAGACUCUCCUGUCAGAAACCCUCGAAUCUGGCCUCUCUGACCUGGACCUCCUUCAAAGACCUGCCCCAGAACCUCUUCAUCCAGCCAGCUGACGGCAGCCUGCGGUUCCUGGCCUCUCCUCAUACCUUCGGGGCGUACCGCUGUGAGGCGGUGGACGGCGGAUACAGAGAGGUGGUGGCGAGCUAUGAUGUCAGACAGAUGGUUUCCCCUCGCUCUUUGAAUGUGAUCAAGAGUGACUGCCAAGACCAGGACCCUCUCACUGAGGACCCAACAAAGACCAUGACACGACCUUCAGGAGACCCAGAGACCCCCACCAUGAUGGUCCACCAUGACUUCAAAACAGACUCCGACCAUGAGGACAAGUCAACCGUCCAGACCAGCUUCACAGAUCAUGGUUCCGGCUUCACAGAUCAUGGUCCCAGCUCCAGAAAUCGUGGUUCCAGCGCCAAUACCACACCCGGGAGAGACCCUCAGUCCGACGCUCUGAUAGUGAAGAGCUACCACAGCGAGCUGGUGGUGGUUUCCCUCCUGAUGACAGUCUUCUUCUGUGCCCUCGUACUUGGAGGGCUCCACAUGUGGCGCCAAAGUAAAUCCAGAAAAAUGAACCCUCUGGUCAGUCCUGAUGACGGCAGCAAAACCAACCAAUCAAUGGAGAGCGUCCCGUCCCUGAGCAGUCCAGAGGACACGAGUCCUGAGCUGAAGGUGGUGCAGUGAUCUGCGUCCAUCAGGUCCUGAUCCAGACUCAGAUUUUUCAGUUUGAUGUUUUCAGCGCUGCGUUCAGAGGCAGGAAGUGACCCACGGUGGACAGCUGAGCGUUCCAAUAGUAAUGAACACAGAGGAAAAGCUGGUCAGUCUAGUUGUUUAAGCUCUAUGUUUUCAGUUUAUUGUGAUUUUCCUAGUACCUUUAAAAAGUCGCUUGAGGCAGAGGAUAGGUCCUGUACAUUUGUGCGACACACUGCUGCUGUUCCAAAGACACACCCACAGUUCAUUGAAGUUUUUGGAGCUUUAUUAUCAGAAAAAAUACACGCUUCGACAGUGGCCAGUGAUUUACAUGCACAUCAGAUAGAAUAUGUGUACACUUUGCGACGUGUAUCAUUGUAAACCAAGAACAUUAAGCAUGGUUAACAAAAAUUACAGCUACCUAGGCUCACCUCUCCACCCUAGUGCAGGUGAGACCGCCCCUUAUAUAACCUACUGGCUUUCAAACACAGCGCCCACGUGACCCAAACCCAGCGAAACCAAUGGCAACCAGACAAAAGUAACUGAACACAGGAUAACCGACUUUACGGCUCCUACAAAGUCACUGGUACGAUUCCUGACCUCGACCAUGUGACCCCCUCAUGUUCGUCUGUUCGUCUAAAACAGAAUAAACCUCACAAAGAUCACCUCAGAGUUAUUCUCUUUGGAGUUACUCAGCCGUGUACACCUGUCAGGGACCCAGGAUCCUGAGCUGUGAUUGGCUGUUAACCAGGUCAAAGGCGGGACUUGUGAAAAACCAACAGUUCUGCUGAUGCUAGCUUUCUUAUCGUUUAUUCUGCUGGAGCUUCAAACUUCGACUUUGGACACACACACACGCGCGUGUCAGUUUUGAUGCUUUUUCAGCAGAUUCAUCAUCGAUCACUCCUUCACUGGGUUUUUAGAGACACAGCAGAGAAGAAGGACUUAGACGUGCCGGUCCAAGCCCAGUCCAUUUAAGUGACAUUAGCUGUGUAACAAGUAACACCCUGGUAUACAGGACCAGCUGACUCUUCAAUGGAAUAAAACAGAUACCCUGAUUGGUCCAGUUCAUGUUACGCUUAUAACGUCUCUUUUAUCAGCCGGACACUGAUUCCCGUUUGUCUGAUUCUGCUGAGGGUCUGUGAGUUCUUAGAACCCGCUUUUUCAGGUUUUCUCUGAUUGGACCAGUAUUCACUAAAUGACCGUCAUGAAGAGGACAGCAAACGAGAGGGAAUAAAUCACUUUUAGUUGCCCCCUGCUGGGCGUCAGAGAGGACGCAGUCAUUUGAAUGUUGGGCCGAUAUCUCAGUUCUCAGCGAUGGAGGCAGGUUCUGGUUCGUUCCUGGUACCAUGAGGUUUCCAUUCUCGCUGUUUUCUGUCAACAUUUUUCUGAAAGUUUCAGGUUUUUGUUUUAUAAUCAGGGAUGACAUGACUGAUGACUUAUGUAUGUUUUUUCAACAUUCUGAAUGUUGUGACAUGGUUACUGAUGACUGAAUGAAUGUAUGUUUGCAGGAUAGAAACCUGUUGUGAAUGUAAUGAAAGCUUGCUCUUCUCUGUUCAAGUCGUUGUCUUUUUAAAAGCAUGAAUAAAGGCGGACAGUUUGACUUUUAUAAUAGUUUAGUAUAAUUGAACAGUUCAUGGUUGUUUCUUUCUGUUGAAUCGUAUUGUGUCUCAAGUUUAAAGAUGUUGAAUAUUUUAUGUCACAGUUCUUUUGUCUGAUAUUGUCAAAGUUUCCAGGCCAUGAAUCCAGACUUUGUUUUGUUUAAAACAACAGUGUCUCCCUGAUGUUGACCUCUUCUAAAUAAAACAUAUUAUUCUUCCCUUA